UUAGUAAUAAUUCCAUUGAACUAAGGCGGGCCACUGACUACACAAAUUAUCUGCACAAGACUGUUGUUGGAAUUGAGUGGAAUUGCGUUUACUGAGAUCACAACAACAAAUUUCUCGAAUUUGCGCAGAUAAUGUAGUCAGUGGCCCGCCUAACGGUAAAUUCAUACAUUGCGGUUCACAUACGCCAAUGUUGAUAAUUAGACAGACUGAGACGUGCAAAUAGAGCUUUUAAUAUUUUGUCAUUGCGAAAUUGACUGUGGUUAAGAAAGGGUCUUUAUUAAAAUAAUUAAAAAUAGUAAAAGUUAUACUGCAAUAUCGUGAUGAUUGAAUUUUGUUACACUUAGAUCUGCUGACACAAACGUAUAUUUGAUAGGAAAAUGUGAAAAAAAUAUACAUACUUGGAAGCAAGUUACCGUCAAAACUACAAGUGCUGAAAUGUUUUUUUUACUAUGUGCGGUGUGAAAAGAAAACAAUUAAGGAAAGUGCUAAAUUGGCUUCGAAGGAAAUAUUGCCUUUUUGGGAAAGAGCACGUAUUCCAACGUUAAACAAAAGAACAUGUGACGAUAAAUUGGUGAAAUUAUUUGAUGAGUGCAGAACAGUACAGAAAUUUUGUACAUCUUCGUUUCCUAGUUCUCGUAAAAAGCAAAAUGAUUUCAAUGAUAAUUUGAACAAUUUAUUCGAUAUUGCAAAUGCUGAUGCUUUAGAAAUGAUAGCUAUUCCUGAGGACCGAGACUUUUUAAUUAAACAAAAAGAGCCAGAUCGUCUUGGGAGCAUGAUUUCUAUAGAUCAAUGUCUCGGAAAUAAAGAAAAACGGAAGGCGCGAAGGUUAGAAGAAGAAAAUCGACGCAGAGCAAAGUAUCAAAGAUUGGAAAGCACUCAAGGUAUUUUUUUAAUUCUGCUGAAACAAAUAAUAUGUAAGUUUCUCUUUCAACUAUUUUUUUAGAGUUGAGUGUAGACUAUGAUGUAAGUGAUGAAAGUAAAUGUGAGUCUGAAAAAUCUGUAGAGUACUUGAUGAUCGUAUUAAACACCAACGAGCUGAAAAAAAAACGUGGUAAAAAAACCUUCAUAGAUGAUAGAAUGCUUACUUGCAUGGAUGCUGGCAAUAUGUCAACCCCUCUCGCAAUUCAUUUUAUUAUUGCAACAGCUAAAGCUUUGGGUCACAAAAUUGAAGAUCUGGUUAUUAAUUGUACAAGUUUGAGAAAACAGCGCAAGGAAUAUCGUCGGCGUCAUGGUACAGAAAUUAUUGAGAAUUUCAAAGUAUAAAAGUUAGUUUUGGAUUUGUUAUGAUUACUUCUCAGAGCGAAAAUUUUUCAGAUCGCUGAUACAUUUGUGUGACACUGGGACGGUAAACUACUUCCUGCAAUGACUGGAAAGGAAAAAGGAGAACGCCUAGCUAUUGUUUUAACGGCAGAUAAUAUAGAAAAAUUAAUUUCCAUUCCAAUUAUUGAAUGUGGAACUGGUGAAGCAAUCGCCAAGUCCAUAUAUAAUUACUUAGAAAAAAUGAAUAUGAUAAAUUCGGUGGAAAUGGUAUGCUUUGACACGACAGCUACAAACACUGGUAAACGUAACGGUGCUGGAAUGUUGCUGGAACAAAAAUUGAAACGUAGCUUGUUGUGGUUGCCAUGCAGGCAUCAUAUUGCAGAAAUCAUACUACGAGCUGUAUUUGAAAUAUACUUUGGAAAAUCUUGUGGCCCGGAAAUUGCCAUAUUUGAACGUUUUUCGCGGGAAUGGAACACUUUCAAUUUAAAAGAUCUUUCAAUUGGAAUCAUGGAUGAAGAAGUGCGACGUGCUAUAAAUGUAGAGGAAUGUGAAGCCAAUAAUGAAUUUUGCAUCAAAAAUAUAGCAAAAGACCACAUUCGCCAUGAUUACAAAGAGCUAUUGCAACUCAUGUUUAUUUUCUUAGGUGGCAGCAUCCCGAACUUUUCCUGUCGUGCACCUGGCGCGACGUCACAUGCCAGGUUUAUGUCAAAAGCGAUAUGUAUAUGCCUUAAAAAUGUUUGCUUUGCAAAAACAAUUUAAAAUGUCUUCCAGCCAUUUAAAUGGAUUCCGCAAUGUGUGUAUUUUCCUGGUGCGUCUUUAUAUUCCGUAUUGGUUUCGAACUACUAAUGCAGUCGAAGCACCAAAUUUGGAUUUGCAGCUGGUAAAAAACAUUGCCGGUUAUUACGACCCAAAAACAUCUCUAGCCUUAUUAGAUAAAAUGAAAAACCACUUAUGGUAUCUGUCCGAGGAAGCCGUUGGUCUCGCCUUUUUCGAUUCUAAUGUGGACUUAAAUGAGAAAAGAAAGAUGGUUGAAGCACUAGCAUUAGAAAAAGAGUUUGAAAGCAAUGACGACAAUGGCGUUUAUCUGCAUAAAAAUGUAAAUGCCAGCAUUGAAGAAAUGAAAGCAUUCAUAAGUAAAGAUUUAAGUUGUUUUGUAACGCAAAGAACUAGAAAUAUCUUUUCAUGAUUGGAAAUAGACGUAAAAUUUUUCAAUUUUUCCCUCAAACUGGUGCGAAAAUGCAGAAUAUUUAAAAGGUGUUCAAAUCCUCAAAAACGUCACUGCUGUUAAUGAUUCUGCUGAGAGGAAAGUAAAACUAAUAACAGAUUUUAACGGGUCUUUAACUCAUAGCGAAGAAGAUAAACAAUACUUGCUUCAUAUUGUCGAGAACUACAGGCAAAAGUACCCUUCAUAUACUAAAACUUCGCUUUUGUAAUAUUCUUGAGACAUAUAUUAAUGAUUGAAAUGAAAAUUGUGGAAAAAUUGCGUCAUUUUAUUUUUUCUUUAAUAAAUAAACAGAUAACAGUAAAAAAAACCAAGUGUUUUUCUAUAUUUUGAACUUUGACCUCAUUAUGGCAUUGGCACACUCUGAUUGAGUUAAAAAUUUACCACAUGAAUUAUUACAUCGAAUCGCAUAUUUGACCAAUCCCCGUACUCAAAAUUCCCAAAAAAAAAAUUACACCAGGUCUAAUGUAUAUAUGUAUAUGUGGCACAAAAUCAAUUUUGUUUAUAAAAAAAGCGGUUCCAAUUAUGAUUAUGAUUUAACAAUUUUUAAUAAGCUUUUAUUUUUCAGGUUAGCAAUUUUAAUAAGGUUAUAUAAUUAGACAAAUGCGAAAAUAAGAGGGGUGUUCGGGUCGCUCGAGAUGUAAUGGAUUCGCUGUCGCAAUCGAAUCGAGAAAAGAAGCCAAGGGUUCCACUCGUCGGUUCUUGUAUUUCCUUUUGUGUGAAUAAUCCGGUAAUGUGAUUGUGGUUGGGUGUCGAUGUAGUAAAUCAGUGUACAGUGUGGAUUGUAAGUGGUGAUGCUCAUUUGUCCAGUCUCGAAUACAGUCACGAAUAACGCAGCAACUUUGUCUUCCGCGUUCCAAUUAUUUGUAACUGCCGUCUUUUCAAAUUUCAAAUGUCUUGAAUAUCUGGAACGUAGUUGUGCCGUCAAAUGAUGGAGUUUUAACUUUGACUGAUCCUGUUGACAAUAUUGGUCGAUUUAAUUACACGUCACGGAAACGAUCUUUCAGUUCUUCCACAUCAGUCUUAAUCUUGCCUUGCUCUUCGGAAGUCUGCAUUGACACUUCUGCUAUUUACUCACUCUUUAUUACUCGUUAUACGAAUUUACAACUUCUUACUCGGCAACUCUCUUAUUAGCACUGAGUGUUGCGGCUAGUCCAAUCGACUAUAUUGUUAGCAAUAUAUCACCAGUCGAAUAUUCUCGCUGUCUGAAUAAAUCUGUUAAGUUAUCGAUUUCGAUUGUCGAUUUUACUCUAUUCUAGCUAGUGAUGAGCGAUAUUGCUAUUUUUGAAUCACUGUGAUUUCAGUGAUUGCUAUUUUUAAAUCACUGUGAUUUUAUUUUGCUAUUGUGAUCACAACAAAAAAAAACGAAUUUAUGAGAAUUUAUACAACACAUUUUUUUUUUCAUUUUUUACAUUUACAUUUUUAUUAAUUUUAACUAAUUAAUAAAUUUUGGGUACAUUUAACUGCUUUUGUAAUCACCGCUAAAACUUCUUUCUACUUGCUACUUUCGAACUGAUAUUGUUACUAAACAGUGAUUGCUACUUUCGAACUGAUAUUGUUACUAAACAGUGAUUGCUACUUUCGAACUGAUAUUGUUACUAAACAGUGAUUGCUCCUUUCGAACUGAUAUUGGUACUGAACAGUGAUUGCUACUUUCGAACUGAUAUUGGUACUGAACUGUGAUUGUUACUUUCGAACUGAUAUUGUUACCAAACAGUGAUUGAUACUUUCGAACUGGUAUUGCUACUGAACAGUGAUUGAUACUUUCGAACUGGUAUUGCUACUGAACUGUGAUUGUUACUUUUCGAACUGCUAUUGUUACAGUGCUCGAAUUAGAAUCACUGAACGCUAUUCCUACAAUGAUCGAAUUAGAAUUACUGAACUGUUAUUGCUACAGUAAUCGAAUUAGAAUUACUGAACUCUUAUAUGUAAUGUGAUUGAACAAAAGCACUGAACUCCUCUAUAGCUACGAUGAUAGAUCUCAAAUUACUGAACUGAAAUUGCGAUUGUAAAUCACUGAUAUUUACAAAAAUUGAUCACAGUUGUUAUAUGUGAUUUUUCAAUCACAGUGAAAAAAUCACCGGUAGUGAAAUAUCGCUCAUCACUAAUUCUAGCAUACAUGUUCGUCACAGCAUAAUACAUAAUGCCGUCGCCAAUUUUCGAUUAAACCUUGUUCGAUACGAAAAUAGGACCCAAUACACCCCAUACUUUUUAACCAAUAGUACUAGUAUUUUUCAUUAAUACUGACACAUUAUAUCAAGAAUUAUUUUUAAUUUUUUAGUUUCAUGUGUUUUAAAAGCGUGGCAUGUUGUAAAAAUAAAUCGCUAAUUAGCCAGUAUUUGAUUUUAGACAGAACCUUAAUGUGACAAAUUAUCUCUACUCAAAAGUAAUCAAUUUUGCCAUUUCAUAGAAGUGUUUUGGCAUAUACUUGUAUUUAGUUGUUUGGAGUAGAAAUUGUUGAAUAAACCCGGUAUGCUUGAAAAUUUUUGAAUAGAUGUGAUUAGUCAUAGAGAGAUCGUGAGUAGAGGUAAAAUACUGUAAAUAUUACGAUAUCUUUCAAAUAUUUAUACUCUCGCAACAAAUGUUGCUAAAGAGAGUAUUAUAGUUUUGUUCACAUAACGGUUGUUUGUAACACCCAAAACUAAACGAGUUAGAUAUAGGGUUAUAUAUACCAAAGUGAUCAGGGUGAAGAGUGGAGUUCAAAUCCGAAUGUCUGUCCGUCCGUCCGUCCGUCCGUCCGUCUGUGCAAGCUGUAACUUGAGUACAAAUUAAGAUAUCUUGAUGAAACUUGGCACACUUAUUUCUUGGCACCAUAGGAAGGUUGCUUUCGAUUUGAGCAAAAUCGGACCACUGCCACGCCCACAAAAUGGCGAAAACCGAAAACACAUAAAGUGCCAUAACUAAGCCAUAAAUAAAGCUAUGGAAAUAAAAUUUGGUAUGAAGGAUCGCACUAUGAAGGGGCAUAUUUGGAUGUAAUUUUUUUGUGGAAGUGGGCGUGGCCCCGCCCCCUAAUAAGUUUUUUGUACAUAUCUCGCAAACCAAUAGAGCUAUAUAAACCAAACUUUCUGCUGUCUUUUUUUUACUUCCUAUAUACCAGAACUUUGAAGACUAUCUGAAUCGUUUACUUUACAAUAUAUAAAGGAAGUACUAGAGAAGUUAUCGGUACACAAAUACUAUGUUAAUAGUGUGGCAGCCCCAUUCUAAAAAUCGCCGAAAUCGGACCAUAGAUUUAUAAGGCCCCAUAUAUCGAACACGAGGACCUCGGUGCUUCUAACAAAUAUUAUGGUUUCCAACUUUCAAUGGACUUUAUGCACUAUAUAUGACGAAUAUGUGGGCCAAAUUGUGUAUUAUUUAUAUUAUAUAAAGUUAAAUAAAUAAAUUGCGAGAGUAUAAAAUGUUCGGUUACACCCGAACUUAGCCCUUCCUUACUUGUUUAUAACAGUGUUUGUUCAUAAAUAUAUGAACAUGAAAUUUGUAUUAGAAUAACUUAAACAAAAUAAUAUACAGUCCACUAAAUAUCAAAUGCAAUGUUAAGAAACAAAAUUGUAAUAUGAGACUUGAUCAGAAAAAUCUGAAAAUCAUUGCAUAUAAAAGAAACCACAUAAACAUAUAUACAUUAAUAUGCAACAAAACGCAUACAUGCAACACACAUACACUUAUAUGAGGCACGCAAGCAUCUAUAUGCAACACGCAUGCACUCAACUAUUAAUAAAAAACAUAUUUAUACGCACAAGAUAACCUAUUGGUUAUAAAAAUACAUUUGGGCAAUAGCUUGUGUGCAUUUGAAAUAACCCCUAUCGUGCAACAUAUAAAAUAUACAUGUAAACAUACACACAUACACAUAUAAUUAAUUCUUAAGAUGUAUUCAAAAAUUGUAUUUAAGCAGUGACAAAAUGAAAAUAAAUUUAGAAUGAAAUAGUUCUCAGUCAAGCUUGGUGUUUUAAAUAUUUUCCCCGACCCACCGUAAGAGGUAUUUGAAAUUCAGCUUGUCUUAAACAUUUUGGUCCUUCGAGCCGGAUUUAGCGCUCAGCCAAAGAAAAAGUCCUGCUAUUAGAAAAUACAGGCAACUAUUAAGAAUUUGGGAGUACUAUAAGCCUCUAAGAAGAAAAAGAGCAUUACUUUGCAAAAUAAAGAUACAUGUAAGCCGGAAUAAUAAAGGUUCUCCGCAUUUAUAGUAGUACAUAUAUAUAUACAAUAUAUACAAUAUACAAUAUAUAUGUACAUACUUUUCGUAAAAGUAAAAGCGAAAAAGUAUGUAAAUAAUUAACAAAUGAACCAAAAACCAUAUAAAAGAAGCAAAAAUGGACAAUAUGGUAAGACAACAACAGGAGUUUGGAGAUCUUGCUGUACUACAAGUAGGGAUGCAAACGAUGUAUCAAUGUUUCUGAAACAUCGAUGUUUUCGUCAAAAAGCAUCGAUGUUAGCCAUCGAUGUUGUGAUUCUAAAAAUAUCGAUACAUCGAUGUCACUUUCAACGAUGUUUUAUGUCGAUGUUUUUUUCAAAUUUUACUCCACAUCCUUGGAGCACUUUUUCUCGGUAUUAAUUCGAAAACAUCUGCUACGGAGAAUUCGUUGGUUGAAUGUGCACUUGAAUAAUACUGAGAAUUCGCUUAGGAAUUAAUGCGAAAUAAGUUUUACAAAAAAUCGAAAAUACAUUUUGUGUGACAGUCUUUUUCGUGCUAUAUGUGUUAGAAGUUGUUUUUGAGCGUUUAAUAUAAGUGUUGUUUCGAAUUCAUCUGUUAUCAAUCACAACUUUAUUACAGAUUUUCAAAAUGCUGCCUUCAAAAUUAAAAAGCAGGGUCUGGAGCUUCUUUAUAAGAAAUUCAGAUGCUUCCGCCACAUGCAAAAUCUGCAGCAAGAAAUUAAAAACAUCAGGUAACACGUCGAAUCUUCGCUGUCACGUUGAGAAUGUACAUAAAAAGGUAUUACUCGAUCAAGUUGAUGAUGCAGAAUGCUCCUCCAAAACUACGCCGCACUCGGAACCAAAACAGCGAAAAAUUUCUGAUAUAAUGAACAUAACACCAACCGCUGGGACGACAGCGUCAAGUGAGUUAUGCGAUAAUAGUAGUAAGAAGACUGCAUGUAUUGAAUCGUCUCCUAGUACAUAUACUCCGUCAGUACUGCAAAAUAAAUCGGAUCAGUUGCCAGCGCUGAUCCAACCUAAUGUGAAAGACUUUUUUGAGUAGGUCAAAAGUAUUUCUUACCAAGAUGGGUCUAAAUCAAAGAAAAUUACUGAAGCAAUUGUGAAAUAUAUUAUAAUGGACAACAAGCCAUUUUCCACUGUAGAAGGAAAAGGUUUUCUGCAGAUGAUGAAAGAACUGGUUCCGCUUUUUAAAGUUCCAAGUAGAGAAACAAUAAAAUUACGAGUGGAUGAAAAAUAUGAAGCGCUGUCUUCAAUUUUCAAAGAGUAUAUUCGAAAGUGCGACAGCUAUUGCCUAACGUAUGACAUAUGGACGGAGACAAUGAAAAAUCAUUCGUUCCUUGGGGUAACAAUUCAUUUUUUGGACAAUUUACGUUUAUUGAGUGGGACGUUAGGAGUAAUCGAACUGCACGAAAGUCAUACAGCAGCUUAUAUAGAAGGAACUAUGCGUAAACUUUUCAACGAGUGGAACGUUUCCAUAAAUAAAGUUUCUGCUUGUGUAACUGAUAAUGAUUCAACCAUGAUGACAUUAAAUAGAAGCUUGUUUGGCGAAAAAAAAAAAAUAAUACUCUGCUUCGCACACACGCUUAAUUUGGUUGUAACGCAAUCAAUAGAUAAGUCCACGGAAGUAUCAGCUUUGAUAACUAAGGUGCGCGACAUUGUUAAGUUUAUUAAAAGAAGUGUUAAUGCCAGUGAUCAAUUGCGGCAGAAACAAAUAGACACCGGGGUUUCUACAAGUAAUACCAAGAAAAUGAUUCUUGACGUAAGAACGCGAUGGAAUUCAUGUUUUUAUAUGUUAGAGAGAUUUGUCCAGUUAGCCCCUAUUUUAAGUGAAGUACUGCUCACUCGCCCAGAAGCACCCUCUAUGGUUAAUGCCUUCGAGCUGAACAAAAUUAAGGAGCUGAUUGAAUUAUUAAAGUGUUUUGAAAUUGUGACCAGGGAGAUUUCGGCUGAUACCUACGUUACCAUUAGCAAGGUUAUACCUUUAGUAAGCUGUUUAACAGAAGCUCUGACAAAAAUUUCAGCUCAAGAUGCUAUUGUAGGGGAGCUAAAAAGUGAACUGCAAAAGAACAUGAAUAAGAGAUUUGACAAACUUGAAUUUAAUUCAGUUCUGGCGUUGGCUACUGUAUUGGAUCCGAGAUUCAAAUUACUGCAUUUUAUAGAUGCACUGGCUAAAAAAAAAACAGUUUUGUAUAUAAAUAGUUUCAUAAAGGAUGCAAAUAAUAGCGUUAGUACGUCGGAUACGUUUGCAACAGAAAACCCGUUUGAUAUUUGGAGCCAUCAUAAACAGUUGGCCCACCAAAAUAUGAAAUGAAAGUUUUCCAAUUCAUCUGCUAUUACAACAACGGAAGUUGAAGUGCAAAUGUAUCUUGGAUCGGCUGUUGCUUCUAUCAAUCAGAAUCCAACAGAAAUGUGGGAUGAUAUGAAAAAUGUAUUCCCGGAAUUGUAUAAACAAGCUUCCAAAUAUUUAUCUAUUGUGGCCACUUCAGUACCUAGUGAACGACUGUUUUCUAAAGCUGGAGCAACGAUCACACAGCAAAGAAAUCGCUUGGCAGGAAAAAGACUUUCCAAAUUGCUAUUUUUAAAUUCUGUUUUAAAUAAAUAAUUUGUUGUUUGUUAAAAAACUAUUUAUAUAUUUUAUUUAUUGAGAAAAGGUUUUAAUAGGUAGCUCAAAUAUAUAUCAACUAAAGGCGUACUACUGUAUUUCACUUAUUUAUGGUUCUGAAAUAAGCCUUUUAUUGUCGAGUUGAAUCGACGUUGGGGCCGAUGUUGCGUUAAAGAAAAGUUACUGUCUUUUCGAUUUUUAAAUUUACAAAAUUUCAGUAUAUAUUCAAUUUGAUUUCGAUUUAUGUAUACAUCAAAUAUAUGUGAGGGUGUGAUUUUACAAUAUUUGUUAAUUGUUUUAUGUAUAUUUAAUUAGUAUCCAAUGUUAGUAUAAAUUUAUUAUAAUAACCUGUGUUGUAUAUGAAUAAUUCCUUGUGUUGUUUAAUGUUGAUUAAUGUGUGGUUGUUGGGGAUAUUCUCCUUUUGAUAUUCGCAAAUUAAUGUCGAAUUUAUGUUGUCUUCGUUUUCACGUUUAGGGUUGAGUUGAUGUUUAAUUUUUCCUUUUUGUUAAAUACUUUGUUUCCACUUGCUGAUUUCACUUGCGAUUUGCGCGGGAUUUUAUGUACGAAUACGAAUUUGUUGAAGUGUUUUUGUAACUCAUCGGGUAUUGUUUUGUUGCAAAAGUUAUUAGUGAAGUUUGUGGCGGUUUAUCUCCUCUGCAUUACAUCUCUAUUACUUUUCGGAGUAUUUGAUAGUAAUGCAGAGGAGUAUUUGUUUGCGCUAAACAUUUAUGCUCACUUAUAAAAUACGUUAAAAAAGUUCAAAAAUACAUCGAUGUUUCGAUGUAUCGAUGUUUUAAUGGCCGAUGUUUUUGAUUUCGAUGGGUUUUGGAGAAACAUCGAUACAUCAAGAAUUUAAAAUCAAGCUUCAAAUACAAUUUGAAUACGUAGAAGAAGCUUUCUAUGAAAUCCAAGAUAUCCAUUUCAACGGCUUGGCAAAAUACCUGCUAGAAGAAAAAAUGGAGGAUUUUCGAGAAAAAUAUAAAAUUACACAGAAAAGAAUAACGGAGAAAUUGGAAAAAUACGUUACAACCGGUUUCGACCCUAAAACUGCUUUUAAUGUAAUAUCUACAGAAAAAACAGAUUUUACAAAGUUCUCUCUGAGGAAAACUAGCAGAGAAUUAUUCAAUUCAACACAAGCUAAACCUGCAAGUUCACGGGUUGUUACAUAUGAUUUACCAUUGAAUUUUAACACUGAUUUCACUGGAACUUCAUUGUUUGGCAAUGCUGCCGCUAAGUCCGUAGGGCUUUUUGGAUCCACGCUCGAUCAAGGUGCAGCUAACAGAACUAGUGGAAAUUUUCGCGAUGGUGAUGCAACUACUCUUGGCACCGGUACCACUUUACAUUGUGAACUUUUUGAUAAUGGUAAAAGUACUUUUGGCACCGCUACCACAGUUGGACCCAAUGCAUUUGACGAUGGAAAUAUGCCACCGGAGAGAUUUUCCGAAAGUGACGUGAAUCAUGAACUCUGUUUAACUGAAGAAAAAGAUACAAAAGGAGUUUUUACUAAGAAACCCAAAACCGAGGAUCGCAAAAUCGCACAACAAAUUGACAACGAAAUUAACCAACUCGAAGACAACAUUAAAACCAAACCAUUUUAUAUGAACGAAGGAAGGAAGGAAGAUAAAAAUUUCCAGCAAUACAGUAGAAAAUCGGGCAUGAGCAGGGGAAUAACCAUAACACAGAUUCCGGCAACUAUGAUUGGUGAAGACGUUCAUGUUAAGACGAUAUCAGACAAAGUGCACUAUAACUUUCGCCGGCCGGCAGAUUCUCACUUCGGAGAAAUUUGGGAGGCGGGAAACAAAACAAUUAAAGCAAUUAAUGCUUAUCAUUCAACUAAACCAGAAGCAUCAAUAAAGGUGAGAAAUAAUACAAAAAUAUAUUUAGAUCCGAUUGGCAAAAUAGCUAAAAUAAAUUCAAAGCGGAAUAUAAUCGUUUAUUACGAGUAUGGUAAAUAACACAGAAUAUAUAUAAACCAUAAUAUACAAGUAAAAUUAAGAUACAACUUUAGGCCCUGGCAAAAUGUUCAUAAAUACAUAUAUGAACAUGAAUGAUUUAUUACAUUAAGAUUGAAUUAUAUGUAGAACAUUAUAUUUUUGACAAUAAGCAAUAAGUUAAAUGAAAAGAAUAUACAGUCCACUAAAUAACAUGUGCAAUGGUAAGCAACAAAGCCAUUGCAUAUCGAAUAAAACUUUGGCCCCUGGCAGAAUGCUCAUAAAUAUAUGAACAUGAAAUUUGUAUUAGAAUAACUUAAACAAAAUAAUAUACAGUCCACUAAAUAUAAAAUGGAAUGUUAAGAAACAAAAUUGUAAUAUGAGACUUGAUCAUAAAAAUCUGAAAAUCAUUGCAUAUAAAAGAAACCACAUAAAUAUACAGGCAUUAAUAUGCAACAAAACGCAUACAUGCAACACUCAUACACUUAUAUGAGGCACGCAUGCAUCUAUAUGCAACACGCAUGCACUCAACUAUUAAUAAACAAACAUAUUUAUAUGCACAAGAUAACCUAUUGGUUAUAAAAAUACAUAUGGGCAAUUGCUUGUGUGCAUUUGAAAUAACCCCUUAUCGUGCAACAUAUUGUGAUUUACAACAAAUACCAGUGAAAAUAGUCUCGCAUAGUUGCAAGAUUGUCGUAAAACAAAAUACAUGUAAAAAUUUAUAAUUCUAAUUAUAGGUUUUUCAAAAAUUCGUUGGGCUUUAUUCCGCAUAUAUGUGUUGGUUAAUAUGUGAUAUAUCUUAGCAAAAUUAAGUGAGCGUAUAGUCUUGGAUAUAGUGCACCUUGCGGGUGAAAAUGAAUGAAAUCGGUUCAGGAAAU